AUCCAGCUGGCCAAUAGCAGAAGCUCAUGCUCAGACACGUCUUUUGCCGCUAAAACUCAAUUCACAUGCUGCUUUCCAACGACGAGCUGCUUUUGUGUUUGAAUGCAAGUGUAGAGAAAGAACUACAGAACCUUUGUGACUCCAUCAGCAGCUGAAAAUGGGAAUCCCUGGACUGCUUCAGUUCAUCAAAGAUGCAGGAGAGCCCAUCAGUGUCAAAAAAUACAAAGGGCAGACAGUGGCUGUGGACACGUACUGUUGGCUGCACAAAGGAGCGUUUUCCUGUGCUGAGAAGCUUGCCAAAGGAGAACCCACUGAUCAGUAUGUGUGGUACUGCAUGAAAUUUGUGGACAUGCUGUUGAGCUUCAGUAUAAAACCAGUUCUGGUGUUUGAUGGACGCAAUUUGCCUUCAAAACAGGAAGUGGAAAAAGCACGCAGAGAACGCAGAGAAGCCAACCUUCAGAAAGGAAGACAGCUGCUACGUGAAGGAAAAGUGUCUGAGGCCAGAGACUGUUUUACUCGCUGUGUCAACAUCACUCCGGCCAUGGCUCAUAACCUAAUAAAGGUUGCAAGGGCCAGAGGAGUCGACUGUGUUGUGGCUCCGUAUGAAGCAGAUGCCCAGCUAGCUUAUCUCACUAAAUCUGGUCUGGCCCAGGCUGUCAUCACAGAAGACUCUGACCUGCUGGCCUUUGGCUGCAAAAAGGUGAUUCUUAAAAUGGACAAACAGGGCAACGGCCUAGAGAUAGACCAGAGUAACCUGGGUCGCUGCCGUUCUCUGGGGAACGUUUUCACAGAGGAAAAGUUUCGUCACAUGUGCAUCCUGUCUGGCUGCGACUAUCUGGCCUCCCUGCACGGUAUUGGACUGGGCAAGGCCUGCAAACUGCUGCGGUUGGCCAAAGACCCCGACAUCCUCAAGGUGAUCAGAAAGAUGGGCCAGUACCUGAAGAUGAAUCUUGUCGUCCCCGAUGAGUACAUUGAGGGAUUUACCAGAGCCAACAACACCUUCCUCUACCAGCUGGUGUUUGAUCCUGUGAAGAGGAGAGUCGUACCUCUAAACCCGUACCCAGAGCACAUUGACCCAGCCACCCUCAGCUAUGCUGGAAUUAACCUGGGAGAUGAGAAAGGCUUGCAGAUGGCCAUGGGGAACAUUGACAUCAACACGAUGGAGACGAUAGACAACUUCAGCCCAGACAAACCUUUGCAACAGGCCAGUAAACCCCGCAGUAGCAGCUGGAACAGCUCCCCAGCUUCCACUGGACCCAGUAUCUGGAGCAGAGGCUUCAAACCAGAAUCUGUUGCCCUGCCCCAGCCUGACAUCUCUCCAGAAAGGCCUCCGUCCACCAGGGGGAAGGAGAGAGUCAUCAGUCUAGACGGUCUGAGGCUGCCAUGUAGAGAGCUGCAGGUGAAGAGGCCUCGGGAAGACUCUGGUAUAUCAGACCAAGACGUGCUGCAGCAGUACUCCAUCUGCAGUCCGAAGCGAUCUAGGUCAGACAAGCAGCCAGACAAGCCGACAUUAACUAGUCCACAGCCCCGCCCACGCAACCGUUUCGCCACCCUGCUGCAGAGAAGAAACCAGGAAGCUGAGGAGGAUGGCGAGGGACGAUUCAGCAGGUUCUUCAGCAGCUCCACCACUGCAGCCAGUGUGAGCACCAAGGCGACUACUCGACAGGAUCCUCUUGAGAAUGUGGAGCCCAGAUCUCUGAGUCCUGCUAAGGACAACUCUCCCAGCUCAAAGACCAGCGACAGCGAUUCACCCGAUGGUCCAUCUGUGGAAACCCCCAGUCCGCCUCAGACACCAGCCAUCAUGUCUCCCAGUUCAGCCAGUCAGGGGCUCAGACUGUUUCACUGGACAGGCAGCUCCCCCUCCACAGAAAGGCUGAGAAUGCCCAAGUCUACCUCAGGCCUUAGCGCCCUGCAGCAGUUUCAGUAUAAAAAGGAAAAUUUGUCUUCAUCCACAGAGACGCACAGAUCACCCGAAGACGCGUCACCAACACGCCUGUCAUCAGCUGAGGGACACCAAAAGAACAAAGAUGAGCUCCCAGAUACCCCUCCGUCCCAGGACAGCGCUUACUUUUCACAGUCCCAGUCUGACCUCACUUCCUGCCACAAAGAGGAUGUCUCUACCUACAGCUUCCCCUCCUCCCACCAGGAGGAUGCUGCAUGUGAUAUAAACUCAAGCAGAGAUUCGGAGAAAGACGCAAGUCCCACACACUCACCGGGAACAGAUCCAAAACUCAACGUGAUGAAAUCAAGGGUUUCAGGUCUGUCAAAGCCUAGGUCUGACAGCCAAGGUAAAGCAGCAAAAGUGGGAGCGCUGGGACCAGCCAAGGCCAGCGGCCUGAGGAAGAAGUCUGUUGGUUCUGCAAAGAAAAUCUCUAAUAAUGAGAACAACCCUGGUGUCCAGGCCACAAUCAGCAGCCUUUGGAAGAAUUUCAGCUUCAAAAAGGACUCUCAGAAGUUGGCCCCCGUCUCUAAAGGAAAGGCCCUGUCUCCAGUCAAAGACAACCUGCUGGUUGGCUCGCCUCAGACGGACAUGAACUUAAUCACCAGCUUCUAGUCCAUGCUUUGAAUGUUUCACAGUACUGAGCAUGCUCGGUGUGGGACUGAGGCUUUUAAACAUACCAUGUAUGUCAUUAAUUCACACUACAGUCUACGUAUUUCUUUGUGUAUUUUUAAAUAAAGAUACCUCC